AUGUCAGACGUAGCAGUAUCUCAAGUGUUAGAGGCACUAUCUGCUCUUUAUUCCUCCAGCAAUUCUCAAGCCAAAAAGGAAGCCAGUCGAUGGUUAGAAGAUUUUCAGAAGCAGCCAGAGGCAUGGACUGUAGCAAACUACCUCUUGACAAUGGAAAACUCCAACACAGAAACCCGUUUAUUUGCUGCUCAGACACUCAGACAAAAGAUUACAUACGAUCUGCGUGAACUCAAUCCUGAAGCUCGCCGUUCAUUGCGCGAUUCUCUUGUGCAACUCUUGUGGGUUUCGGCCACAGGCUCCAAAGCUAUAAUGGUGCAGCUCUGUUUGGCAGUAGCAGACUUGGCCAUUCAGUUUAUGGAGUGGAACACAGUUGUACAGGAUCUUAUUGCCAAGUUUGGCAAAACACCUGAAAGUGCAACUUGUCUACUGGAGUUCCUUAAGGUGCUUGCAGAGGAAAUGACGAGCAACAAGAGAAUCCCACUUUCAGAUAAAGAUGCUCAGGCAAGAAGCGCACUUCUCAUCGAGGGAAAUGUCCCAACAGUGAUGCGCUUGUUGGAAAUGUAUAUUCAAUCAACUGGUAAUCUCAAAAUCCAGGAAGAGGUAUUCCAGUGCCUUUCGAGUUGGUUGCGUACAGGAGAUGUGGAUAUAAGAUUGCUGGAGACUAGCCCUCUUUUGGCUGCCGCAUUCGAGGGACUGUCAAAUGAAGAACUGUUUGAUGUUUCUGUGGAUGUGGUGUGCGAGAUUAUUUACGAAACAAAGGACGUUACCGAGUACAGAUCUCUCAUCGAACGGAUCUACCCCUUGUUUGGUACCUUGAUUCAGCAGCUCCGAGAAGCAAAGGCAGACGAAGACUCUGACAAGGUGCGCGGCUAUUGUCGCAUGUUCGUCGAGGCUGGCGAGGCCUACGUGCUGCUGAUUGCCCAGCACCCCGAGUCGUUUGGAGUCUUGCUGCAGGGUAUUAGUGAGUGUACAGCAUACGAAGACCUCGACAUUGUGCCAAUGACAUUUAAGUUCUGGUACGAAUUAACCAACACCCUGAGCACCGAAUCCUACAAGCCUGCCAUCCCGGCCCUGGUGGGCUACUACGAUUCCCUGGUCGACAGCAUCAUCAGACACCUGCACUACUCCGACGACGUCGAGGAGAUGUCGGCCAAGGAUCGAGAUGACUUUAGAGACUUUAGACACCAGAUGGGAGAUACUCUCAAGGACUGUUGUAGAAUAAUGACCCCUCAAAAGUGCCUGUUGAAGCCGCUGACCUUGCUCACACGUUUGCUCACCCAGGCAGAAACACCACCAACCUGGCAGCAGAUCGAAGCCCCGAUCUUUUCGCUGCGUUCGAUGGGAUCUGAAGUCCCGAGUGACGAAAACGAGGUGAUGCCCCAGAUUAUGGAAUUCCUAUCCAAACUACCAGAUCAUCCCAAGAUCCGCUAUGCGGCCACCUUGGUUAUCUCCAGAUACUCUUUCUGGACCCGUCUUCAUCCAGAAUACGUAACAUACCAGCUCAACUACAUUUCUGCUGGAUUUGAAAACCAGGAAGUAGCAGCAGCUAGUGCACUUGCAUUAAAGCAUCUUUGCAAGGAUUGUAGUGAGUUGCUUAUUGACUUUGUUGGACAACUCCAUCCUUUCUACAUCAACAUCGUACGAACCUUGCCAUUCAACGACAUAAUUGAAGUGACUGAAGCCGUGUCACAUGUAAUUUCUGUCAUUCCUGCAUCAGAGAUCCUAAAUGCACUCAAGUCUUUCUGCUUGCCUAUUGCCCAAGACUUGCAUAGCAUUGUUGCCAAAAACAAGAACACCAUCACUCAAAAUGAAAUUGCAAAGGCUGGGGACUUAUUGGAACAGAUUGCCAUCUUCUUUGAGAUUAUUCGCCCAGAAGAUAUACCUGUGGGUGCACCCCAUCCUUGUGUGGCCUUCUUAAAUGAACUUUGGCCUGUAUUUGACAUGUGCCUGAGCAACUUUGGAAGCGAGCCAAUCAUUGCCGAGCCCUUGUGUAGAUGCUUUAGAAACUGUAUCCAGUCCUACAAACUUCAUUUUGCACCUCUGUUGCCUUUGCUGAUGGAAAGAUUGGUCGGUGGAUUUGACAGCAGUAGACUGGGUGUGUAUCUCUGGGUGGCCCACAAACUUGUCAGAGAAUAUGCUAUUGAGGGAACCGAAAGUGUCACCGUGUGCUUCCAGCUUCUCGAAAGUCUCAGUGCAACGGUCUUUACUACAUUGAACGAAAAGAAAUUUGAAGAAAUUCCUGAUGUCGUGGAAGAAUACUUUAGACUUACGAGUGCUUUCUUGGAUUGUGCACCAACCUUGUUUGUACAAAGCCAAUUGAUUUCGCCAGUUUUCCAAGCUGGACUUGCAGGACUGUCUUUGGAAGAAGUGAGAGCCUUGACAGCCAUUAUAUCCUUUUACCGCCACCUCUUGUCCAUCGACCUGACAACCAGCGAACUCGAAAAGCCCGACACUCCCCUGACAGCAUCUACCUUGACCUUAAACACCGAACGGAUCAUCAGUCUGUUCAGAGAGUUCGGAGGUGAUUUUGUUCGUCUCUUGUUCGAUGGAAUGAUCCAUCACUACAGCUGGGAAAUGAUUCCUGAUGUUGCGGCCACAAUGAAGUCCUUGGCACAACUGAUGCCUGUAGAGAGUGCACAGUGGAUGGUGGCUGUUGUCAAUGGGUUCCCUGAGCAGCACAUGUCUGCCUCUGAACGAACCGAAUUCUUGCAGGACUGGACAAGGCAAGUAUACAUAGCUAUCCAAGAGAAGCAGUGGGUAAAAGUUAGACGUGUCUUGUCAGACUUUGUAUCUCAGUAUAGAAGACGCAAUACAAACCGAAAGUAAAGUAAAAGAUAUAAAAAAUACAAAUACAAACAAUUACACACACAAAAAAAGGAUUCUCCAGACUGUUCAAUAUAAUAAUAAAAGCACAUGUUAAUGCUCGC